GGAACGGCUGAAACCAUCUUGAGCGAGUGCGGUUUCCCGCGUACUAGUCGAGCGCUCGCAGGAAGCCGUGCAGAUAGCGAAUGCAAAUGGCUGUCACUAUCGUAUAGGAUGUCUUUCGUUCCCGCGUGUCAAAUACUCGUGAGUUUAAAGUCCUUAAGUACUAUCGGUACGUGAUGAUCGGCAUCGGUGUAUUUGUACGUUCGAGAACACACUGUUUUAAAUCGACGUAAGGGCAAAGGAUCAAAGGAAAAAUCUACGCCAGAUGGUUAUUGCAUUUACCUCGAUAAUAAUCAAUCGUUAUAUAUCGGCUAGCAGGUGUACUCUGUUAAUAAACAAUUAAGACAAAUUCAAACCAAAAUGCCUGCUGUUAGUGUUUGCGAUCCUAUCGCAGCUAGGCUUCAUUGUGCUCUAAAUAACAGUCCAUCUAAGACCGCAGAUGAUCUGUCAAUCGAAUUAGUCAGUAACGCCUCUCGAAUUAUGCAAACGGAAAUCCGUUAUGAAGAAUUGAAAGAUUACCAACCAACAAGUCAGGUGCAAGCCAACUGCAACAUUUUCCUUAAUCUUUCCUCAUCGGAGGAUUUAGGAGAAAGCAAAGUUAAGGAUAGCACCAAUUGUAAGAAGAAGAGCGAUACGCGCAAAGGGCCAAUUUUGCCAGAACCGGCAGUUAUUUUAUAUUCUUCCAAAAAAGUCCAUCUCGGAUGGAAAAGCACAUUUCCAGUUGGAGCAGGCAUGUACAAUGUUGGGAAUACCUGUUACUUGAACAGUACUCUCCAAGCAUUGUUCCAUGUGCCAGCUCUAGUCAAUUGGUUACUGUCUGACCCGCAUCACAAUUCCAAAUGUGAACAAAAUGAUGGCAGCGGCGAAUGCCUUACGUGCGCAGUGGCUAAAACUCUGCAGUUCAGCCAUCAGAAGUCUGCUGGUGCAAUCAAGCCAUUUUACGUAUAUAAUAAGCUAAAGCUCAUUUGCCGAACUAUGGUGCCUGGACAACAAGAAGAUGCUCACGAAUUUCUACGUUAUUUAUUGGAAGGAAUGGAACGCGCAUAUUUACUUAGGCAUAAAGCGACUAAAUUGGAUAGCUAUUCUAAAGAAACAACGCCUAUUAAUCAAAUAUUCGGUGGUUACAUACGUACUGAAGUAAAGUGCCUGCAGUGUCAACAUGUAUCUACCACGUUUCAGCACUUUCAAGACUUGCUUGUGGAUAUACGCAAAGCAAAUACACUGGAUGAAGCAUUAAAUAGUUAUUUCAGUAGAGAACAACUGGAUAACAAUGACUACAAGUGCGAAGCCUGUAAAAGGAGAGUUCCUGCUACGAAACAAUUUACACUAGAGCGUCCGCCGAAAGUGUUGUGUGUACAAUUAAAACGGUUUAGCGUUAUAGGAGGCAAGAUAUCUAGACACAUCGGUUUUAAACAGAUUAUAGAUAUGGGUCCAUACUUGUGGAGAGAGCCUGGGGAAUCUGCUAAACAGCUCACGUAUAAGCUUACGUCGAUGGUAACGCACAUGGGGCCCUCGGUAAAUUGCGGCCACUAUACAGCAAUCGCGCAGGUGUCGAGCGGCCAGUACUAUUGCUUUGACGAUUCCUGCGUUCGUCCAAUAAGCCUUAAUAAUGUACUAAGUACAAACGCGUAUAUCAUGAUUUUCGAAAUGGAAAAUUGCAGUCAUAAUCAGCAGGUCGCGAAAAUGAACGGCGUAACCGCGAAGAAUGUGUCGACCUCGCUGCUCAAUUCUACAAAUAAGUCCUUCGCGUCGAAGGCUUCAACGUCGUCUGCUGGAUGCACCGCGAAUGGAUCGAGUGAGUUAUCCAAUGGCUUCGGCGAUGCGAAUAAAUCGACAUUGAUCGGUCCACAAUUACCGCCGCAAAGGAGCAUAGAGCUGAAUCUUCCUCUACAGAGAUCCAACGCUGAUGCUGUUAGCACGCAAUCACCGCAAAAGACGCAGGAUAAACCUCAACCAAGAUUAGUAAUGCAUAUUAAAAACGGGAAGGUUCUCAAUGGCAACAGUUUAGUGCCCUAUGACGGGUCCAGUGAGGAAGAGGACAAUUCUCCCUCUGGGACAGAGGUUCCGAAAAAUCAAAUUUCGAAUACCGUGCCCCGAAUUAAUACCACUAAUCAAAAUGUGCCAAAAUACCCUGUUACGAAAGAUGCCGUCUCGAAAACGAUUUCCAAUUCGAAAGAACCGCAAAAAGCGCAGAACUCCAAGGCUAACAGCAACGGCGUGUCGACAACGACGACAGCGAUGCAAAUUACGAGUUUGCAAUGUACAAAGACACAGAAUGGAUCCAACAGUAAUGGCCGGAUUAGUUUGUUGAAGCAUCAAAAUGGAAAAGUGGACACUAACGGUCAGUCCGAACAACGCGACAAGGAUCCGUGGCAUCAGUCCGUCAAAAACAAGAGUAAACAAGAAGAGAUCACGCCUACGAAAGCCACGAGUAGCGGCAGUAAAAAUUGGCAAGCUUCGAAGGACACAUCGCCUCUCACAUUUACUGGAACAUCGAACGAGUGGUCCGUCACUGAUAACAGAGAGGAUGCUAAAUCAAAUCCCACCAAUAAUAUGACACCGAGUGCUGCAGCCGUGCGUGAUUUUAACGGUACCAAUCGCUCAGUGCCAAACAGUGUUUCAUACCUAUUAAAAUUAUCGCAUCGCGGAUACGGCAGUUCUUCAGUAACGACCUGGAAUGGCAAUAGAACGCAGCUCGAUCGUGAAGUCGACAAUGAUAGGCGGGAGGAGCGUAAACGUCACUUCAACGCCGAUGACGAGGAAAUGGACAGAGGCCGAGUGAAGAAAGUCAAGGACCACUCGAGUCGUCGAUCGUACGAGGAGAGGUCCAAUUCAUCCACAAGCUACAAUUCAUUCCAGGAGUUCCAGAAUAGUAAAAAUUGGAAUCGAUCAGUUAAUGGUUAUCAUCGGAGACAUUACUACAACACUUCCACGUAUGCACGGUCGCGGCACGGAAAUAGCUACAGACCGCCACAUUAUAGAUAUCACUCUUACAGAUAUCUAUAGAUACCGCUCAUACUCACUCUCGCGGCUGUUGACAGCAUGAUCGACGGGUGAAAAUGAACAGAGAUUUAUAGGAACUGUAUUAACGAUCAAGAGAAUACGAGACCGAGUCGUUCUAAUAAACUGUUCUGCGCGGUUAUAAUCGGUUCUCUCUUGUCGAGUGUGUAUCAUUUCUUCUAGCGAAAUCGAAGGUGGAUUCUUUGGAAGAAACUGAACGGAGCUUCAAUGAUUAAUAAGCAUAUUCAUUCAAGAUGCAAUGACUCAUUCAAGAAACAUUAUACUGCAUGUUCCUGAUAGACUCGUGGCGUUUUCUGCCUAUUGCAUAAGUCUAGUACACGUAUGUGCAUACCGUGAGAAACAAUGGGGGACGAGUAUCAUCAAUUGUACCAAUUUGUGUUCAAUGUGAAUUAUUCUUAGAAAACAGUAAUUCUUUCUUAAUCGCGAUAUACGAGGAGUUGUAAUUGUAAUUUUAAGGUUCGCAUUCAUUGAAUCCUCGUGAGCCUUUUGCAACACAAAUCGUAUAUAACGAUAAAUGUAAAUUUCAUAUAAAUUGAAUGUAAUUGUUUUCUAUUAUUCAGUUUGCUAAGAUCACAAUUCAUUUCCAGAACGAGUGGAUAAAAAAUAAAAAUUUAUUAUGAGCAAGAGCACAGAUAUACCGGUAAAUAUUGAUCAUUAAUAUUGAAAAUUAAUAUAAUAUAAUAUCAGAUUGCAUUUAUCGACAAAUUAAAUUAGAGGUACUUCGUACUCACUCAUCAACGCUAUGUUGUAUAAAUCUCUAUUUCAUAGUGCUUUAUUAUCUUAUAAAUGAUGACGAAAUAGUUAAGAGAAUAUCAUCAUGAAUAACACAUGAAUAAUUUUCAUUGCAAGAAUGAUUAAUAAAAUGUUUUCUUGCAUUACAUUUCUGAAUGGUUGACAUUUGAAUCUUACGUAAGCAAGGUUUUUAUUCUUUCUGGAGUAGCUAAAAUAUUUAUAAUAAAUUCAAUUAUAUAUAUGUAAAAUAAUCCGUCCUGCGCUCCCCCUUUUCGAGAGUGGUACUCUUCCCCCAACCCUAUUAGAAGUGAUAUUACGGGAAAUAAUCAUUCUAUAAAACGAUUAAUAGCGUUUCCUACCGGGAAUAUUAGUGCAAUAUUAGUGCGUAUUCACUUUUUACACCACUUUUGUCAGUAGAAAACAUCAAGCACUGAAAUAUGUGAACUCGUUUUUACAAUAGAAGACUAAAAUCGCAUCGAGUGCGCACCAGUGUUGCACUAGUUUCUCCAAAAAAA